AUGGGCAACGGGAUGUGCUCCCGGAAACAGAAGCGGAUUUUCCAGACGCUGCUGCUGCUGACCGUGGUGUUCGGGUUCCUGUACGGGGCGAUGCUCUACUACGAGCUGCAGGGCCAGCUGAGGAAGGCUGAGGCCACGGCGCUCAAGUACCAGCAGCAUCAGGAGUCGCUCUCGGCUCAGUUACAAGUUGUGUAUGAGCACCGGUCAAGAUUAGAAAAGUCAUUGCAAAAGGAAAGGCUGGAACAUAAGAAAGCAAAAGAAGAUUUUCUUGUUUAUAAACUAGAAGCACAGGAAACACUAAAUAAAGGAAGGCAAGACUCCAACAGCAGAUACAGCGCUCUGAGCGUGCAGCACCAGAUGCUCAAGAGUCAACAUGAAGAGCUGAAGAAACAGCACGCUGACCUUGAGGAAGAUCACCGAAAACAGGGAGAAGAGUUUAGCAGGACUUUCAAUGAUCACAAGGAGAGAUACUUACAGCUGCAGCAGGAAAAGGAGCAGGAGAUCUCCAAGCUGAAGGAAUCCCUGUAUAACUUACGGGAGGAGAACAGGCAGCUGAGAAAAGCUCACCAAGACAUUCACACCCAGCUACAGGAUGUCAAGACUCAGGUGGAGGAAUACAAACAGCUGAAGGACACGCUUAAAAAAAUCCCAAGUUUCCAAGAUGCAGAGAAGGUGGAAGGAGGGAAUGAGCAGCCCGAGGUGCGGGGCCCGUCCCCCCACAGCCGCCCCCCGGAGCACCACGGAGCUGGGGCUGAGCAGCAGGAGGAGAAUGAGAAGCCAAGGGAGAGAGAAGAAACAAAUAGCCAGGAACAGGACAGGGCUGAGCAUUUCCAUGUGCAGGAAAGGGCUCAUGAGGAUGCCAAGGAGCUGAAGAUCCAGGAGCAGCAAGAAGCUGGAGAGGAUGAGGAGCAACGGGCAGAGCAGAUGGAAGAAGAACGCAAAAAGGAGCUUGAAGAGGAGGAAAUGGAGCAGGCAGGGCAGCCUGAGCACCUGGAGGAGGAACAGGACCAAGUCCCAGAAGAGCAUGAAUGGAAAAAGCAGGAACAAAAGGAAGAAGAAACCAAUAUGUUGGGGGACCACCUGCAGUCAGAGGUAAUGCCAACAAAGAGACAGAAAGCAGCUUACGAGCAGCAGCUGGAGCAGCAGCACCUUGGAGCCCAGAGAGCAGAGGAGGCCAAGAAGCUCCAGCAGCAGCAGGAAUCCCUGCACCAGCAGAGGCUGCGAGGGCAGCUCCUGAGGCAGCAGCAGCUCCAGGAGAGAGAGUUCCAGCUGCAGAGACAGGCAGAGCAAGGGGAGAAACUCUACAAAAACCACCUCAGCCAACAGGCUCAUUAUGAUCACAUGGACCAGGACAUUGUACAAGGGGAGGAAGAGCAAGGUAUUCAGGAAGAGGAUGGAGCUUACGAACACGAUAACCAGCACCAGGAUGAAGGUGAAGAUGAUGAUCAGAAUAAUGCAAAUGAACAGCAAGAAGCAGAACAUCAGGCAGAAAAUCAGCAGGCUGAUGAAUCAAAGGCAGCCAUGGAAGAUGUGAAUCCUGCUGAUGACCCCAAUAAUCAGGGAGAAGAUGAAUUUGAAGAAGCUGAGCAAGAGAGAGAAGAAAAUCUGCCUGAUGAAAAUGAAAAGCACAAGGAAAUGGGUCAGAAACAAGGACAUCCAGAAAUGGAGGAGCACUUGGUGAUGGCAGGAAAUCCUGACCAGCAGGAGGAUAAUGUGGAUGAACAAUACCAGGAAGAGGGAGAAGAGGAGGUGCAGGAAGAUCUCACUGAAGAGAAGAAGCGAGAGCUGGAGCACAAUGCUGAGGAGCCCUAUGGGGAAAACGAGGAAAAUGCAGAUGAAAAGAAUAACAGAGGGACAGACCAAGAGCAAGAAAUGCAAGAAGAUAACAACCAGAAAGAAAUUCAUGAAGAAAAUUAUGAAGAGGAGGAGGAGGAGGAGGAAGGCAGAGCUGUUGCAGCAAAAACUCGCAGACGAGGAGAGAUGUAGUUCCUCCCUUCAUUUUUCUUUUUCCAUUACACAAAUUCCUGAUGUGUAUUUUUUUUAAACAACUUUUUUUAGGAUAUUUAAUUUAAAAAAAAAAAGCUUGUGUUUUCCACUUUUUACUUUUCUAUUAGGUGCUGUCCUGUGUUUAUAUGAAUAUGAUAUUUUGAUACUCUAGUUUUAGAUUUCUUUUCUGUCCAGGCUGUACAUAACCAGACAUCCUCUAGGUUGAAUUUUUUCUAGCUCUGGGCACGGUUUAUAGAGGCCAUUUUGGAUACACUUUCACCUUGUCCAAGCCUGACAGAAUGUUUGGUGUCAUGUCAGGUGCACUCAACACUGAAGGAGUAUUCCUAGUGCCUAAAUCCAGGUGACUUCAGUCACUCCAGCUCAUUGUCUUCCAUGGAUUUAUUCUGACCAAGGGCUGCUUAUUCCAAGUAACCUCACAAAGUCAUGCAGGGGCCAAGCCCUUUGCAGGACCAGGCCUUUUCUAGGUGCAGAGCAGUUAUAAAAUAUGCAAAUUUUACAAGCCUUCAGCAUGCAGCCAAGUUACCAGCUGUUAAUUUUGGCAGCUGUUAAUUUUUCAAUUAUGCAUUUAUUUUAAUGAGCAUUCCCAGGUACUUCAAUUACAUGCAGUACCUGGCUGCUCAUGCAAAUGGGUCUGUGCUGAGAGGAGCUGGGAGCUAAAAACCAAUUUAGACUUGGAGCUCCAUUAUGCCAAAUCAAAACACUACAGCUGUCACAGGGAUGAAGAUUUACAGCAGCAGCAAUUUCCUUGUCCUAGAUGAUGUAUAAAAUACUUGACCAGAACCAGAGUGAUGUUGCCUCAGUGCCAUGUUUUCUGGAGGGUGUGGUAGCUGAGCUGACACUGUUGGUGCAAGAUGUUGAACUUAAGGCCUUUACCUUCUUUUCCUUAUUUAUUUACAAAAACCUGCUGGAAGGAUUUCUGUGUGCCCCAGGGUGAGACUCAGACUCAAGCCAAAGCCCACAGAAGUUGUUUAGCCCAGCAAACAUCUCCAGCACUGCAUG